AAUGGAUCGACAUCCAGCCUCUUCUAAAGGGCUACCUUAACACGAUUUAUCAACCGCUGUUAUAAACCUUACGCGACUUCGGCAGUUGACAUUUUCUUCACCCCCUCCUUUUUUUUCUGCAGAAAUCAAAGAUACAUUUGUUUUCUUCGUGCCACCGAAAGCCAAAAUACGUUGCUCUGUGAAUUCGAAAUCUUUCUCCGUCCCAGAUGCGAUCCCAAUAACGGACCCGGGAGCUGUUCGUAUACGACAUGACAUUCUCGUCGCCCGUGAGGCGCAAUCAGUUGCUUUCCAGCCCGGAUCGCAACAUAGCAGCAACAUUUCUUCUCGACUCGCGAAACAAUGAACUAAACCAUCGAGAUGCUCUGGCUGCAGCACAACUAGAGCAUGAUCGCGUACGCCAAGCAGCUAUACGAGUCUAUGAGCUCCAUGAGUUACAGGAAGAGCACAAGCGCAUCAUUGCUGAGGAGCGCAGAGAGGAGGAGAGGCUCAAAGCGGAAGCUGCUGUAGUUGCGGAGGAGAAAAGGCUACGGGAACUCAAGGCGAAGACGGUCCCUCAUUUACCCCCAGAGCCCGCACCGCAACCACCUCCCCCAGCCAAACAGGAACCUACGAAGACGAAUGGAAUAACUCAAAUCAAAGAUGCGACACCCGCCAUAGAUGCAAAGAAACCCGUUGCCUCUCCUACGACAGGCCCGGCACCAGCUUCCGGUACGACAGCAAGUCUUACUGAAACUAAACCGAGCAACCCAUUCGGUACCGCACAGCCUGCUUCACAAAGCCAAUUACAAAAACCCAACGGGGCUACAACACAAUCUGCAGCUCCAGCUGCUACGACCAUUCCUCAGCCUGCAGCCAAGUCUGCAGCGCCCGCUGUACAGCCUGUGCAGUCUAAACCUGCACCUAGCAUCGACCGCUAUUCCCAGAUCCACCAGGAGCUCAAGAAACUACGAAAAGAGUUGCAAGCUCAAUCCAAGGUCCCCGGGUCGCCUCUUAAGGGCAGGCUGGGUGCUGCUCGACGAGAAAUUCGAGUUGCUAUUGGCCAAUUGACGGGUGGAAAGGGUGCAAAUGCCCAACCUAUCAACAAAAUUACGGCAGCACUGAAAGAGGCUUUGGAAGGCCGGAUACCAAGUCCUCCGAUCGAUGUCAGUCUCUUUGUGGUUGACAAAAGAGAGCCCGUAGAAGGCUCUCUAAACAACGAGGCUACUCUGCCCUCACUCUUCAUAUAUCUCAUAAACAUCUGCGCCAAGGGUAUUGUCAGCCAGUUCAUUAACGAGGGUGGCGCAAAUCCCAAGGCUGCAGACCCUGUUGGUGUAUUUGCAGCUCAUAUCUUCUCCACCAAGGAAUUCCAAUGGCGAGGUCAAUCUCUAGUCGAUAUUCUCAUGGCCAAAUAUCGAAUAGUGUGUCCUGUGCUAUUUGGCCACAGAGGCAGUGACAAAACUGAACGUGGCCGUAUGGCAAUCGGCUGGAAGAAGGACGGGCCAUCAUGGAUUACCGAACAAAGCCAUAACGAUAGGAUGACUGGCUUGGGCGCCGGUUUUGCUUCUCUGUCUUUGAGAGACUUCGGCAAAUCUUCCAAAAAGAAUCCCUACCCACCCACAAAUUACUGGAGGGCGCUCGCCUACAUUGUCAACUCACCGCCUAACGAGACGUCAAACACUCAAUAUGUGGUGCUGCGAUCCAUGAUUCAGGGGCAUGAGCAGCGCUUCCUCAAUUUCUACGGCAAUGCAGCUUUGGCAGCACUACGACUUGCUCUCAUCGAGUUUCCCAAGAAGGCCCCGCAAAAUGCUACUGCUGCUGGCUCCUUGGCCGCUCUGGCAGAUGUGCUUAAGACCGAAUCUGGGUUGAUAUUGACUUAGAGGCGAAGGACGCCCCGUUGUACGAUCAACCGAAUACCAACUCAAAUAAACUCUCGGCCGGGAUGUUAGGGGCGUUUACGAAAUGGAAAACCGCUCUGUUGAAAGAUGAUCCAUUCCGGGCAUCGUUCUUGGCGGCGUGUUAUGUGUUUGAUAAACUUGUUAAAUUAUAAGCUGCCGUUGGGGUACAAA